AUGAGCGGCUGGGGCCUGGGCUGGUUUGGCGGUGGCCAGGCGAAGAAGGAGGCGCCAAAGAAGGCCAUCCUCCAGCUUCGAGGCCAACUUGAGAUGCUGAACAAGAGAGAAAAGCACCUGCAAAACCAGAUGGAUGAGCAAGAUGCGCUCGCACGGAAAUUUGUUUCUUCCAACAAGCAAGCCGCGAAAUCAGCGUUACGGCGAAAGAAGCAGUUCGAGCACUCACUCGAGCAAACGAGCGCACAGAUUAUGACCCUAGAAAAAGAGAUCUACUCCAUCGAGACGGCCAACAUCAACAAGGAGACGAUGGAAGCCAUGAAGAGCGCAGGAAAGGCCAUGAAGGAGAUACACGCCGGCCUGACCAUCGACAAAGUCGACAAUGUCAUGGAGGACCUCCGCGAACAACACGCAAUCGGCGAAGAAAUCAGCGAAGCCAUCACCUCAGGCGUGGGCGCAAACGGCAUCGACGAAGACGAGCUGGACGAAGAGCUCGCCGAGCUACAACAAGAGAAGCUCGACGAGCAAAUGCUCAACACAGGCAACGUGCCCAUCCACGACGCCCCCUCGUCACAGAAGCUACCGCAAGCGCCGAAUACCAACAUCAAGGCACCGCAGCGGGUCGAGGAGGACGACGAAGAGGAGGAGCUGCGGAAGCUACAGGCCGAGAUGGCCAUGUAG